AUGGGACAGCAGGUUGGCCGCGUCGGUGAGGGUACAUCGACCGGACUCCAGCCACCACAGCCCCACGCGCCCCAACCACACCAAGGGAAGGGGAACCGGGGGAGCGGCGUCGGGAGGAGACCCCGGGAACCCGGCAGUAGCACCGGGACACCGCCAGGCAGGACAGCUCCAGUCAAUAUGCCCGAUCCAGGGAUCAAUAUAUUCACGCAGCAUUCAGAAGCUCUGACAGAGGCGGUGCGCUGGAGCUCCAAGGAGAACCUACUGGGCGCUACCGAGAGCGACCCUAACCUCUUUGUUGCACUUUAUGACUUUGUUGCUAGUGGAGACAACACACUCAGCAUCACCAAAGGUGAGAAGCUGCGCGUGUUGGGUUACAACCAGAAUGGAGAGUGGAGUGAAGUGAGGUCUAAAAACGGUCAGGGAUGGGUUCCCUCCAACUACAUCACACCAGUCAACAGCCUGGAGAAGCAUAGCUGGUACCACGGGCCUGUUUCCCGCAGUGCUGCAGAGUAUCUACUCUCAUCACUGAUCAAUGGAAGUUUUCUGGUGCGGGAAAGCGAGAGCAGCCCUGGACAACUAUCCAUAUCUCUGCGCUAUGAGGGCAGAGUGUACCACUAUCGGAUCAACACAGCCACUGAUGGAAAGGUAUAUGUAACAUCUGAAAGCCGAUUUGCCACUCUGGCGGAGUUGGUCCAUCACCACUCCACUGUACCUGAUGGCCUGGUCACCACACUGCACUACCCUGCACCCAAAUGCAACAAGCCCACAGUGUACGGUGUGUCACCCAUCCAUGAUAAGUGGGAGAUGGAGCGCACAGACAUCACCAUGAAGCACAAGCUGGGAGGAGGCCAGUAUGGGGAGGUGUAUGUAGGAGUGUGGAAAAAGUACAACCUCACUGUGGCUGUCAAAACACUAAAGGAGGACACUAUGGAAGUAGAAGAAUUUCUGAAAGAGGCGGCAGUUAUGAAAGAGGUUAAACACCCAAACCUCGUUCAGCUACUGGGUGUGUGUACAUUAGAGCCUCCAUUCUACAUUGUGACUGAAUAUAUGCCACAUGGCAACCUACUGGAUUACUUGAGAGAGUGUGAACGGGAUGAGGUGAAUGCUGUUGUGUUGCUAUACAUGGCCACACAGAUCUCCUCUGCCAUGGAAUAUCUAGAGAAAAAGAACUUCAUACACAGGGAUCUUGCAGCAAGGAACUGCCUGGUCGGUGAAAAUCAUGUUGUGAAGGUUGCUGAUUUCGGCCUGAGCCGAUUAAUGACUGGUGACACCUACACUGCCCAUGCUGGGGCCAAGUUCCCCAUCAAAUGGACUGCACCAGAGAGCCUUGCGUACAACACCUUCUCAAUCAAGUCUGAUGUCUGGGCUUUCGGAGUGUUACUUUGGGAAAUUGCCACUUAUGGCAUGUCUCCAUACCCGGGUAUCGAUUUGUCUCAGGUCUACGAUCUCUUGGAGAAAGGCUAUCGCAUGGAGCAACCUGAGGGAUGCCCACCCAAAGUUUAUGAACUCAUGAGGGCAUGCUGGCAGUGGAGCCCACUGGAUCGACCAUCGUUUGCAGAGAUCCACCAAGCCUUCGAAACAAUGUUUCAUGGCUCAAGCAUUUCUGAAGAGGUGGCAGAGGAGCUCUGUAAGACCGCGUCCUCUGAUCAUAGCGGACCGCUGCACUCUUUCAGUCAUGAUAUGCCCCUGUUGCCUUCCAAAUCUCGCCCACUCCACAAGCACACAGAAAACAAGGAAAACAUCGAGGGUGGACUGGACGGCCGCACCGACCACAGCACACGUGGUCACUCAGGUUGGGCGUCUUCCUUGUUAGGCGGGGAUGGCCGAUCAGGCGGCUCUCCAGCCCUCCCCAGAAAACAGCAGUCACGAGAUAAAUCUCCCAGCAGCCUUUUAGAGGAUGCACAGGAUAUGGGCACAUUUACACGAGACCGCAAGACUGGCUUCUUUAGCUCAUUUAUCAAAAAGAAAUCUUCCUCCUCUUCCUCAUCACCAUCUUCUCAGCACCAACAUAACCUUCCAAUGCCACCCAAGAGAAGCAGUUCCUUCCGGGAGAUGGAGACACAACCUCACAAAAAAUAUGAGCCCACACCUGAUUUCAGUGCUCCUCCUCCUUUGCCCCAGUCAGACAGUUUAGGGGGCUUUUCUCCCUCUCCUUCCCACUCCCAUGGGGAACCUAUCCAGGCGCAGUCUCGCUGCUGCGGAGCAGCUUUUGGACAGAAACCCUCUGGUGGAGGCUUUGGUUCUCAAGUGACAAGUGGCAGUAGUUGGAGUGGGCUGGCUGGCUUUUUUACCCCUAGACUCAUUAAAAAGACACUGGGGUUACGGACAGGAAAGACAGGCUCCUCAGAGGAGAGUGGAAGUAUACUUGGUGGGCCUAAACCCUUCCCUAGGUCCAAUUCUACCUCCUCAGUGUCAGCUGGGCUGCCAGACUUGGAGCGUAUGGCUCUAACGUUACCCAGGAACCGCAGUGCUAAACCCCCUCUGGAGAGAACUGCCUCCACAACCUCUCAACCAGAGAAUGGGGCUGCACGACCAUCAGAAACUUUGCUGAGGAGGAUGGAUGAGGGGACCGCACAGAUCAGGGAAAGGCCCAAAGCCAAGCUACUACCCCGGGGCACUGCUGUAGGGGUUAGGGCACCAGGGGUUGGGGGGGAAGUUGGGGAUUCGGACAGUCUGUCUCGAGUCAGGGAGGGUAGAGAGGAGAGUGGAGGACUGGACAGGCAGCAGAGUUGGUCAUCUCCCUCUAAGUCUUCUAGCUUGAGCAUGUCAUCGGCUGCAGCAGGUGCACCAACUCACAACCACAAAGUUCCAGUCCUGAUCUCUCCCACACUGAAGCACAGCCCAGGUGACGUGCACCUAGUCGGGCUAGACUCUCAGGGGAACCGCUUUAAGCUGCUGUCUGAGCACCAAGCAGAUCGGGACAGGCCACGCCUUGUCAAACCCAAGUGUGCACCUCCUCCUCCCCCUAGUCUGCGCAGUCUGCAGCACUCCUACAGCGGCGAUGGAGAGGAGCAAGUCGGAGGACCGCCCGUGGAAAUUAAUGGGGAGACAUUAAAAGGUCAAAGGUCAGGGCGAAUGUCAGGAGGAUCGAUGACAGGCAGACCAUCAGUGCCACCACCACAAGUGCCUCCAGCAUCUUCCUCUUCUUGCUCUGCCACCACAAACACAACCCCCUCCAAAAUGGCCAAUGGGGCCACCACCACUGCCCCCUCACAAACAGCACCAUCUGCUGGUUCCAAAGUGGCACUGCGGCGAACUAGGCAGCAAGUAGAGAGGGUGCCAUUGGAGCGGGUUAGCCGCGAGGCCUUGCUGGAGUGUGCUGAGUGCCUGAGCAGCGCACUCCACGCCAGCUCCGAAAGCCCCUCCAGCAGCCAGGUCCUGGACGCUGGCCAUCAGCUGCUAGACUACUGCUCAGGUUAUGUGGACUGCAUUCCUCAGACGAGGAACAAAUUUGCCUUUCGAGAGGCAGUGGGGAAGCUGGAGCUCAGCCUGCAGGAACUGAGAGCCUCAUCGUCAGGUGGGGGGUUAGGUGGUGUGGGGUCCAACACUGUACUGGACAACCUACACAGCUGUAUUAAAGAGAUUAGCGAUGUAGUACAGAGGUAGCCACUGUGACACCACCGAUCGUCACCUCUAACUACCCGACAGAUUGCUUUGAGUCAGUUUUUUGUUGUUUCUGGUUCUGUCGACAGCUUUUUGGGGGACAAAAUGAGAUGAGUCUCUAAAGUACCUCGUGGAAAUCACUACAAAAUAUAACAAUUUUUUUUUAUUGUUUACAAAAUCAGUUUAAUAAAAUGCCAGUGUGGACACUAAUUUUGUUCUAACCUGUACAUAUUGAGAAAUGUUAUACCAAACUAAAUGUGGUUUAAGUCACACCAUGAAACAAGUUAGCCACAAGUUUCUUUGUGGCCUUGAUAAAGGCUGCUUUGUUGACUGUUUGUGGAGUGUAUCAGCUGUGUGUAGCCAGCCCACAGAGUAGGUAAAGCACACUCUGCUAGCAAAAAUGGUGGUGGUUGUGCCCAGCCUUACUGAAAGUACAAAAAAAAAAAAACAACUUUUGGUUUAUUUCCCCCAAUUUAAACUCAAGCAUUGUUUUACAAAUAUGUGAGUGUACUGUGUCUGGAGAACCGAGUGACCAUAAGCCAUUUUGAAGCCAUUGUAAUGUAAAUUCUUGGAAAUUGCAUCAACAUCAGGAUGUGAACUUGUUUGAGGUAUGGGGGAUCUCAGUUUGACUUUUGCAUUUGUUAGGUAGCAUAGGCCAGUGGGACAAAUGUAAAAAGGCUAUAAAUAUCACCUAACCUGCUUUUUACUUGUGUGGGGUUAGUCUGUUUUGUUUUGUUUGUUUUUUAAAAAUCGCUUUAACUGUGACAUUCCCACAUGUCCACCUAAUUUAAGAAAAGUUUUAGCGAUCACUUACAAAAUUAAAUGUGUGCAUUUGACAGAUAUUCCCCACAGUACUGAAACAUAAUGAAUGAAUGCAGGGCAGGCUGUGCUGUCACAUGCGCAGACUGAUGUUCACACCUUAACACAGUGCAACAAAAAUGGGGAAUCUCCCCAGUCCCUUAAAACAUUUCAUUAUUUAUGUCCAGUUAUCCUUGCACACUGCAUAGUUUUUUUUUUUCCUAUGUUGGAGCUUAAACACAUGGAGUGAGGAAAGAGAGAGCACAGGGUAGCACAUGAGCAGGUGAACUGGGACAGUAUUUUUAUAAGUGUCCUUCUGCGUAUGGACAGUGCUGGAUUCCCUGUAGCCUUGUCAUGGCCUCAGUGCCUCAUAUUUAAUGUAAGAACGCUGCAAAAUGCAGAGGCCUACUUUACACUAAUCACACAGUACUGAUCUCUCAAAAACUGCAGUAUGUCUUCAUUCAGCACAUGAGCAAUUUGUACAUUAUUUGGUUCACAGAAAAAUACUUUUUAGAAUGUCUAUGUAUGAACUUGAAUUUUAAAUUAUUGUGUUUUUUUUGUUUGUUUUUUAAGCACAGACCUAUUUUGAGAGAAAAAGCUAUGUAAAUAUUUGAUUUAUUUCAUAUCCAGGAAUCAAAAGAUUUAUGUGUGGUCACAGCAUAAAGAACAAUGUUUCUGACUGAAGAGAUGUAUUUCAAGACUGAGGCCCAUCCACCCAGAUCUGAAUAUCUGCUUUAUGAAUGUAUUCUUCUGUUCUGAACCUGGUUGAAUGUUCAACUGCGUCUCUCUUUAAUCUCUUAAGGUGCCAUAUUUUUUUUUCCAUUUAAUUUUUUCUUAAUUACUGGCCCAUACUUUAAUUUUGUUGACACUAAAUAAGUCCAGAGAGAUCUGCUCUGUUUUUUGAGCACAAACAAACUGUGUACAGCACAUACACAACUCCUAUUCUCUAUUUGUUUGCUUUGGUUCUCAUAUUAAUGUACACUGGAUACGGCCUCAAUCUCAUUGAUUCAUUGAUACUUGUUACAAACAUACAAAAUCUGUAAACACCACUGCAGGUCCAUAAUACUUUUAAUGCCUCUUAAGGACAUGUAUUUAAAAAGAAAUGUAAUUUUUGUUUGUUUUUUCUUGUUAUUGUGCAUCAGUAUAAAUUGCCCUUUCUUUUUUUUGCCAAACAAGACGGUUUUUGUGCAUUUUAAUAACAUGAAAUGAAAAAUGUUACAUUUCUUCACAAUUCUCGGUGCCUUUUUGUGAAACAGUUUGUACACUGUCACUGCAAGGAAUCACAGAAUGUUAGUCCCUCAUUAAAACUUUCCAUUUUAAUAAGAUUGUUAUAAUCCUAUCACUAUAGUAUGGAUUUCUGUCAUUUGG